GUCUGCCACAGCCGUUACUGGUGGAGAGAGCCUGGAGAAGAUGUCGACGCAAAAUCAGAACGAACCUUUCUAUCUUCGCUACUACUCAGGUCACUCUGGGCGGUUCGGACAUGAAUUCUUAGAAUUUGAUUUCCGCUCCCUUGGUGAUGGUCGCAGUGCCGCCGUGCGGUACGCAAACAACUCCAAUUACCGCAAUGACUCCCUUAUCCGCAAAGAAAUGUGCGUGAGCUCGUCGAUGAUUCAGGAGAUCAAACGGAUUAUCAAGGAUAGCGAGAUCAUGAAGGAGGACGAUUCCAAGUGGCCCCAGAAGAAUAAGGACGGACGACAGGAACUCGAAAUCAGACUUGGAAAUGAACAUAUCUCCUUUGAAACCGCGAAAAUCGGCUCGCUGGUGGAUGUGACCGAGUCCGCAGACCCAGAAGGUCUUCGGGUUUUCUACUACCUUGUCCAGGAUCUCAAAGCUUUCAUUUUCUCUCUUAUUUCUCUUCAUUUCAAGAUCAAGCCUAUUUAAGACAGUUACUUCACAAGGGUACGAGGUUGUUCAAUUAAGGAUUCAAAAUAAGGGCGUUUUGGAUGGCGAGGCAAUUGAAGUCCGAGAGUCAAUUUCGCAAUACAUAUACAAUGGGCAAGUGAUGACGCAAUACUAUAGCUAGCAACCGAUAUCUACAGAGUGCGUAGCAGAGAAAUAAAUACCCAUCUGAUGACCUAA